CAUCCUGGACCGAAUCCAGCCCACAAAAUCAAAAGGGCAACACAAGGUCGGGUACAAGAAAAUGGCCUUACGAGCCACCAAAUGGGCUACCCUAUUACUACGCCGACCAACAAAUCGCACCAAAAACCCUAUAUGCUCAGACAGGUAGCUUAAAACAUCACGGAAGAUGGUCCCAGCACGACUAUCACUGUUCUAAGCUUGGUUAAAUCUAUCAAUAACGACCUUAGCAUCUCCCUCGAACCGAACCACCGACAAACCCCUCUGAACGCACCAAAGGACAUCUUCCCGAAGGACCAAGAAUUCCACCAGCAUGGGGUCAUCGUGUCCGUCAAAAUGAACAGCCGAUACCACUAAAACCACCCCAUCAAGAUCCAGAAGAACCCAACCCUAGCUGCAUGAGACCAUUUACAAUAUUGAAAUGAGGUGAGAAUCGAGAUGGCAAAUUUUGGGGAAGGCAAAUGUUAAAAAAUCUGUAUUGCUAUUGUCGUUACGCAAAACAUGCAAGCAAAGGAAUUGCAACAUCUUCGAGGCGUGACUUUUUGGAAAGCAUGAAUGAAUAUUCAAACUUUACACCUCUCAUCUUUAAUGGCCCCAAAAGCAUUAUUCUGAUCCAAAUUGAACAAGCUAAUAAGUUAGGCAUGUGAGUUAGUUAUCUCGAUUAGUAAAAAGGUUGAUCAAUCGGUUUUAGUUGCUAUGGACCUUUAAUUUAGGCCAAAUUCACUUGUAUAGCCAAAACUUUGACGGUUGUGACAAAUAUAGCCACUUUUGGAGAAAUACCAGAAAUAGCCAGGAUUUUGAAAGUUCGAUGACAAAUAUAGCCAUUUCCGUUAAAUAGUUUGACGGCGUCAAUGACACCGUUAGUCUAUUUAACGGACAGAUGAUGUGGCUGCCACCUCACCUUGUGUUUCCUUACCACCUCAGCAUCUAUUGACAUGUGGGAUGCCACGUCAUUUAUAAUGGGUAAAAAAAAUAUCCGUUCUCUCUCUCGUUUUUUUUCUUUCUCUCUCGUUCCCUUCGCCAGACAACUCUCACUUCUCUUUCUCGAUUUCUUUCUUUUCUCCUCCAAACCCACAAUCCUCCGAACCGAACCAAAAAGGGGCUUCGCCUUGUUCUUCUUUUCUUCGAUUUACCCCUUUCCCUCUCAUUACUUCUGGAAAAAACGAUCGAAAUCCAAGACCCUUUCUCUUCAUUUCUCACCAGAGAUGGAGAUGGUCGAGUGAAGAAAUAGAGAAGAGGACUCUGCUCUAUCCCAAAUCCUCGCCGCCAUCAAGCAUCUCUCUCCCCCGAUUGAAUCAAAUCUGGAGCUCGUCGGGUCUCGGGAGUCUCAAAUUUCUCGUCGAAGCAAUGGGGGAAGAAGGGAUUUAUGGGUAGCCAAGAGACGCCGUCGACUCCGACGAACCACCUUCCUCUUCUGCUUUCCGUCGCCGCCGCUAAUUGCUUCCCCACCGUCGCCCCUACAUACGCGUCGCCUCUGACGAAUCGCCUUCCUCUAACGCCUUCCGCUGUCGCCUCUAGCCGCUUCCAGUUUCACAGAUCUAGAACAACCCCAGUCAUCGUAAGAAAUCGACCUGGGUUUUCAAUUUUGGGUUCCCAGGAGGUUUCUCGAACCCUCUUUGUUCCUCUUUGCUGUAUCUUUGUUCGCGCCCAAAAAGCCAACGAUGGAGAGCAGAUUGAAGAAAUCGUGGAGCCAAUACCGUUGUUGGAGCUCGCGAUAGAUCGAUAACGGCAUUACGGUUUCAAUUUCUGGAUCUGUGAUUUUUCAAAGAGGAAGUCUGGUGCUUGCUGCUCUGCCUCAACAACAUGAUUGAGCGCCUCCUGGUCUUCCCGGCUCUCGAGCUUCUCCUUGUUCCUCUUCCCCAGCCGCCACGAUCCCGUUCGACAGAUCCUCUUGUUCAGUUUUUAAUUCUCUUAAACCAGAACUAGCAGCUUCAACUACGAGGGUAGAAGGUGAACAGGCGGAGAAGAGAUGGGUUUUUUUUAUCUCUAGGGUUGGGAGAUGCUCGUCGGCGCCACCACUCCGCUACCCACUAUGACUCGCCGGAGAAGAGAUGACAUUUUCUUUUUGGUUCUAGGGAAUUUUUGUUGAGGGUAGAUGUUAAACAGGCGGUGCCGCGGUGCCGCGAUGGUGGUGAAGGUUUUAUUAUUUUUAUGAUUUUAUUUAUUUAAUUUGAAUAACUUGUUCGGCGAUAAAAGCCACGUCGGAUGUUCCGUUUGUCCACUCAGCCUGUUAACUAACACCGUCAAACAAUUGGACGGAAGUGGCUAUUUCUGGUAUUUCUCCAAAAGUGGCUAUAUUUGGCAAAAUCGUCAAAGUUUUGGCUAUACAGGUGAAUUUGGCCUUUAAUUUACCGUGUAAUGUCAAGAGAAGUAAGCAAAGUUGUCUAUCAAUCAAAUCACAUAGUUUUCUUUCUACAAAUAAGGAAGAAUGGGUAGGAAAGAGCAAAUCACUCAAUCAGAGAUUGUUGGUGUAUCUCUGUAAAUUUCAUAUUGCAUGAAAGUGUAUCAAGAGAAAUGAAGGUCUGGACGCUCAAGGAGUUAGUCGUGCAGACUAAGAAGAAGAAGAACUAUAUGGUUAAAAUCAAAGGCUAUCAAGUCAACCAAGGGGUUGGUCUAGUGGUAUCAUGUAUGAAUCUCUUAAGUAACACCUAACUAUAAAAACAAAUAUAUAUCACCUUUAUAAAAAUAAAUUAAAGCAGGCAAGGGUUUUUCUCUCUCGUUUAGCGAGGAUUUAGGAGCGGCAGAAACCCUAGGUUUUCCGCAGACAAAUCGACAAUCAGUAUACUAUUAGAAUAUGGUUUUCAAAUAGAAGGCCGGAGUUCGUUUCCGGAUUAACGAGCAUGUUAUUGAAGCGACUGAGUAAUAUCUAAACGAUAGUGUAACUGUUGGAGAUUGAUACAAGUUUUUGAUUUUUUGGCAAAAAAGAGGCAACUAAACCCUAGAGAGACUCCUUUGGUUUAGUUGACAGCAACAAGGACGUGAUUGUGAUACAAGGCAAUGGCCAAUGCGGAUAACACAUAGGAUGUAGUUGUUCCUGAGGAGGAACCCCAGGAACUCUGGAGCACAUUCGAGAAUCUAGAAGUAAAACUGGAUUAGAUCACUCUGGUGGAUGACGAGACACCACAAAGGAGGUAGAAGAUAGUGAUAUGGGUGUUGUCAGGAUGGAAACGGUGCGCUAGCUCGAACUGAUAGGACAAUUAGUUGCUGAAAAACAAUCGAAUGUGAAAUCGAUGAAAAUAGCAUUAGCAAAGGCAUGGAAUCUCAAAAUGGGUUCUAGAUUACAUAUUUGGGAGAUAUGCUAUUCGCUUUUCAAUUCAUUGAUAUGGAUGACCAGAACAAGAUUUGCUAUGGCGGCCCUUGGCAUUACGAAAAUAAUGGCAUGGUGUUUAUGACAAGAUUACUGAUCAAGAAACCAACCCCUGAAGCUCUCCAUAUGAUCAACAUAUGGAUCCAGAUAAAGGAGUUCCCAGCAGAACUCAAAACCUAGAAGAUGACAGAAAACAUAGCAAACUGAUUAGGAGGAGUUUUGUAACAAUUUGCAAUGGGUACAAGUGUGGCAAUGCCAGAGAGGAGAAGUAAGAAUAGGGUCUGAAGUAUACGGGAUCAGACAACACAAAGAACCAGUGCUCCAACCCAAGUAACACCGCAAAAAAAGGGCUGCAAAAGCCACUGAGGCAGAAGAAAUACAAGAGCUAGGACAAU